AUGAAAAUUUAUUUUUCUCGAAAAUUUAUCAUUAAACUUGAAAUUCUUAAUUUAGAUAAUAAAAAAAAAAUCAUUUCAUCAUUAUCACAAUCAAAUUCGAAUGAUGUUAUAAAUAAAAAAUUACAACAAUUAGAAAUAUUUCGUCUUGAAAAUGAACGACUUCAUUCUGAAUUAAAUACUUGGAAAACAGAAAUAUGUGUUUUACAUAGUGAAUGUGAUAGUUUAAUAAAUACAAUUGUUAAACUCGAUAUUGAAUUAACUCAAGCUGAAUAUGAACGUCUUGCUCAACAACAAUUAAGGAAAAAAUGA